AAGGUGAAGAAGAUAUUCCAACCUGCCCUGCUGCUGCCUGACAUAAUCGAGCUGACACAGUCAGGUGCGGGAGGUUACGUGAGCACUUUAGCAGAGACAGACUGCGGUCUUCACCCUUCAGCUCUCCACGAUGAGCGGCAUGCGGACCAUGCUGAGCUUCGCCGUUCUGGUCGGUGGGCUGGGGGUCGGCUAUGGGAUGUGGUCUGCGAUAUCUCCAGGAGAGGAGAGGCGCAGAGAGAAGAUCAAGAAUCUGCCUGAAUCAAAUCCACUGAGAAUGGAGGAGACGAGGAGGAGGAACACUCUGGUGAUGCAAGCGCUGAAGGAGGCUGCCGAAACCAGUGACAGUAUCGCAAAAGAAUUGGGACCGUCAAAGUAGACGGGCUCUGCGCUUCUGUGACCUGUUUGCAAAGACUUUAUGCUGCAGCGUGUUUGUAUAAAGACGGACAUUGUGUUAUUGUAAAGAGAGGUUGUCUGAUAUACUGCUGUCAUUACACAUGAAAACAAUUUAAAUGGAUUUUAAAAUAAUAAAACUCUCUAAACAAACA